AUGUCCGCCGCUGAAGAGGAAAAUAUCGCUGAAUCCGGCGACGAUCUCUUGGUCGACGACCUUCCCGAAGGACUACUCGAUGACCUCGCGAGCUCCCCUGACCACCCUGCUGCGAAGAAGCCCUGCAUGGACCCCGGUGCUGGCCCUGCUAGCUUCAACUCCCCCUCCACCUCCUCCGACUCGGCGCUGGCGCAGCCCGCGCCGUCUCCUGUGCUCCUCGCUGCCGCUGCUGCUCCCACGUUGACUCAGCAAGGCCAUGCGCCCUCUCUGGCAGCAACAGCUGCCGCCCCCAACGCCCCGGUUCUCCGCGCUGCUGCCUACGCAACGGCCGCCUCCGGCGCUAACCCGGCUCCCGCGCUGCCCGCCUCGCUCUUUGCCUCAUCCGCACCCGGCGGACCCCCCCGCAACCUCCGCCGUGCGCGCACCUCCGCAGCCACCCCGAUGCUCCUUCCCCUUCGCCGCCGCGUGGUAGUCACGCUCCUCCUCCCGGAGGCCGUGUUGGAGUCGCACCGCACGGAAAUCCUCGCCGGAAUCAACGCGCAGCUGUGCGGCUUCAUGUUCGAUUCGGGCAUCAUCCCCCCCUUCGAGCACACUGUCGGCGACUCCCUCCGCGUGGCCCGCCACGUGUACGGCCGCCUGCUGUUCUCUUGGCCGUCGCAGGAAGACGCGGCUGUUUUUCGCAAGCUUUUUCCUCUCAUGCUGAAAAUCUCCAACUCCCGCCCCGUCAUGUUGAAGGUCUUUGUUGAUCGGUAUGAAGCUUUUACCGCGGCAAAGGCAGCCGGCGCUCCUACCCUGUCUAUCCGAAACGUCCCCCUGGAGAUCGAUCCGGAGGAGAUCCGCGCCUUCCUCCUCGGGUCCACCGAGGAGGAUGGUUCGCAUUGGCUCGCGGAUCUGACUGACUUUCACCGCGCUUCCGACCCCUACGAGAACACCCUUUUCACUCACCUCGCAGGACUCCCGGUCGCCACCCCCGAUGACCCGAAUUUCGAACGAAUCCCGUCCGAAUUCCUGCUGGAGGAGAACAAGCCAACUAUGCUGCUCAAUUUCUCCUGCCACGUGUGCACGCUCCUGCCUCCGUUGCCUCCUCAUGUGCUCCUCCGCUGCCCCCCAUCCUCUCACCACUCCCCCCUCGGUCUACCCCCUCCCUAUCGCGCAACCUUCAUGCUCCCAUCCAACACCCGCGCUCCCCCCCCGCUGUCCUUCCCUCCCUAA